CCCCCCGAGUGUCAGUACAAGAGCCCGCCCCGUUCUCAGCGCCCGGCUCCCCGCUGGUAUCUCUGGAAGGAUCAGCUCCGCCCCCAGGCGCUCCCCGAGUGUCAGCACCAGAGUCCGCACCGCCUUCAUUGCCCUACCCCUGGGUAUCAUUAGAAAGAUUGGCUCCGCCCCCGGACGCCGGGCUAGAGGGGGUAAAAGGGUCCGCCUGGUCCUUGGCGGUCCCCACUCUUAUACCCACGCCUCCGCCUCCGGAGAGUUCCAACCAAAGCAUGGCGAGUCGGGAGAAAGCGAGUACCGCAGGCCACAUGUUCGACGUAGUCGUGAUAGGAGGCGGCAUCUCAGGAUUGGCUGCUGCCAAACUCUUAUCUGAACAUGAAGUUAAUGUUUUGGUUUUAGAAGCUCGGGACAGAGUUGGAGGAAGAACAUACACUGUGAGGAAUGAGCAUGUUAAUUGGGUAGACGUUGGUGGAGCCUAUGUGGGACCAACCCAGAACAGAAUCUUACGUUUGUCUAAGGAGCUGGGCCUACAGACUUACAAGGUGAACAUCAAUGAGCGUCUUGUUCAGUAUGUCAAGGGGAAAACUUAUCCAUUUCGGGGAGCAUUUCCUCCUGUGUGGAAUCCUCUUGCAUAUCUGGACUACAACAAUCUGUGGCGGACAAUGGAUAAUAUGGGAAAGGAGAUUCCAGCUGAUGCUCCCUGGCAGGCCCCUCAUGCUGAGGAAUGGGACAAGAUGACCAUGAAAGAUCUUAUCGAUAAAAUCUGCUGGACAAAGACUGCAAGGCAGUUUGCUUCUCUUUUUGUGAAUAUCAAUGUGACCUCUGAGCCCCAUGAGGUAUCUGCCUUGUGGUUCUUGUGGUAUGUGAAACAAUGUGGUGGAACAACUCGGAUAUUCUCAGUCACCAAUGGAGGCCAGGAACGGAAAUUUGUAGGAGGUUCUGGUCAAGUGAGUGAGCGGAUAAUGGAACUCCUUGGGGACCGGGUGAAAUUGAGCCAUCCUGUCACCUAUAUUGACCAGUCUGGUGCCAACAUCACCAUAGAGACACUGAAUCAUGAAUGCUAUGAGUGCAGAUACGUAAUUAGUGCCAUCCCUCCGACCCUGACUGCUAAAAUCCACUUCAAACCUGAGCUUCCAUCAGAGAGAAACCAGCUAAUUCAGCGUCUUCCAAUGGGGGCUAUCAUUAAGUGCAUGAUGUAUUACAAGGAUGCCUUCUGGAAAAAAAAGGAUUACUGUGGCUGCAUGAUCAUUGAAGAUGAGGAAGCUCCAAUUUCCAUAACUCUGGAUGACACCAAACCAGAUGGAUCACUGCCUGCCAUCAUGGGCUUCAUCCUUGCCCGGAAAGCUGAUCGACUUGCUAAGCUCCACAAAGAAAUAAGGAAAAGGAAAAUCUGUGAGCUGUAUGCCAAAGUGCUGGGAUCUGAGGAAGCAUUACAACCAGUGCAUUAUGAAGAGAAGAACUGGUGUGAGGAGCAGUACUCUGGAGGGUGCUACACUGCCUACUUCCCCCCUGGGAUCAUGACUCAAUAUGGAAGGGUGAUUCGCCAGCCAGUGGGCAGGAUUUACUUUGCUGGCACAGAAACCGCUACACACUGGAGUGGCUACAUGGAAGGAGCUGUUGAGGCCGGAGAACGUGCAGCUAGAGAGGUCUUGAAUGCUCUGGGGAAGGUGGCUAAGAAAGAUAUAUGGGCACAAGAACCUGAAUCUAAGGAUGUUCCAUCAGUUGAAAUCACCACCACCUUCCUAGAGAGAAACCUGCCUUCCAUAUCUGGCCUGCUGAAGCUCAUCGGGAUUUCCACCUCAGUAACUGCCCUCUGGAUUGUGUUGUACAAAUCCAAGCUGCUGCCACGGUCAUGAAGUUCCAACUUCUGGCCUUCUGUAUCCUUCUUCUCAGUACCAUCACCAUCACCAUCAAAAGGAAAAUGUGGAAGAACUAAAGGCUGUGUCAUUAGGCCAUUUAAGUGCACUUGAUUUAACCCUCCUCAGUUUAGUCUGUCUGCAUUAAAGUAAGAACAACCCAAAGAAUUACCUAAUUAAUUUCAGUAAGAUCAAGCUUCAUCUUGUCUAUGUAGACCAAUUUGUAUUGAUGGAUACAAUAAAACCUUGUGAUUGCUCUCUUAAUUUCAAAAA